GUUUGUCUCCCUUAAGGCAAGUUUCUAAAAUUGGAUUUCUUAGCAUUUUUCCCUAGGCAAAUAAAAGGAACCUAGGGACAAAUUACUAGAAGGAAAUUUCUUUCUAUAAAUGCUUGGGACCUAGAGACGUUUAUUUGAAUCUUUUUGCAGUAUUUCUGGUUAGCUCCCUUGGUUUGGGGGGUUAUGGUUGGGUGUCUUGAUGUGGUUGGUCAGCUCUUGGGUAUUAGGCUUAAUUAGAUAAGGCAUAAAGGUUAUUAGGACUUAGGAAAGAUGGAGAGCAGAGGCUUUGUGGAGGUUGCACGAUGGAGGAAGUCUUUAAGAAUCGAAACUAAGGAGUUUCUCUUCGAGGAGUUGAAGAUUAAGGGACACUCUAGCCUAAAGAUUCGGGAAAUGAAGAAGGCUAUGGUGUUGGUUCAAGGUCAGGAGAUGGUUGAAUGGCUCAUGGAGUUCAUGUCGGAGGCAGCAAAUAGAGGCAAAAAACCAAGUAGGCAGGAAUGGUCCGUGGAGACAGGAAGAAGUUACCUGAUGGAGUGUAAGAGGAACUCAAAAGGCUCAUAUAUCUCCUUGUCUGAAUUUUUUGCUAAAGGUAAGAAGCAAAUGGUCUGCUUCCCUCAAGGAAAGAAUGGUCAAGGAUGGAAGGAGGUUGCCUCAGUGUUAAAGACAUUUUUUAAUUCCAGGAGAAAGGGGGAAGAUAAAGGAGAGGGAGAGGUUCCAAGGAAGACUGAUGCUGAGGUGAAAAGGAAGGAUAUGUUUGUUAUGGCACACUGUCAGAGCCUUUCCACAAUGACUGUCAAUGUAAGAAAAGGUUGUUGGGAAGACAUGAUGGUGCUUGAGGCUAAUAAACCGAUACUGGAGUGGAGGAAAGUGGCUGAUAUGUUAAUACAAAAAUUGAACCUGAGAACCACCUUUAUCCUGACCCCUUUUAACAGCUUUAAGGUCCUACUUGAUCCUGUUGAAAAUUUGAUUGAAGUGGAAGCUCUGAGCUUUCAGGAUCCUUUAGGUUCUUUUAGUCUGUUUAAGUGGUCUCCCUCGUCGAACUCCAAGCCUUUCCACUUGUGGAAUCAUGAGACAGCAGCCUCCAUUGCAAUGCUUUGUGGUGUUCGUCUUGACGUAGAGUUCUGGGGAGACCUACGAUCGGAAGCCUUGUUGGUGAGUGGAGUUAAGCUUGAAGAUAUACCCAGAAAGGUAAGUAUUAAUGUUGGAGGGAGGCUCGAUAGGUUGAAGAUGAAAGGAAAGAAUGGCUAGAGCUAUGUGGCAGGAUGGGGGCAAGGCACUCAGAGAAAGAUAAAGCUUUCACACAUUUGGAUAGACAGCCUUUAGGACUGUCUAAAGGUUUUGGCAGACAGGAAGGUCAAAAUGGCAAAGGUCAAGGAACAGGGUUGGGCGGUCAACUACGUGGAGAACAAGUUUUCAGUAGGGAGGGCAGUAAAUCUUAUGCUCAGGUGGUAAAAGAAGGUGAAUUUUCGGAUUCAAAUUCAAAAAUCAAAAGGAAGGUUAAGGUGUCAGACCGGGUUGAACCAAAAAAGGGUGAACCGGAAUUUAGGGUAGGGGGCACUGAGCGUGACCUUGUAAAGUCUCACGUGCCAGAGCUUAUUAGCUCGAGUGGGCCUCAAAACACUGUUGGGCCUAGUAACAAAAGGAUAGGUGGGCCGCGGAUCAAGUUGGCCCAUGCCAGGUCGCGUGACUCACUUAAGUCACACACGCUUGGGAAAGAAACAACUCCAAUAGAUGGUAAGAACCGUCUAUCUCCCUCUUCCUCGAAUUCUUUCUAUCAAGCCUGCGCGCGAGUAGUAGUAUUGGCCCCAACCUACCUACAAUGGGUUCUGGCCAAGAGGUCCAAGAUCCUCUCUCCGGACAGGCGAAACCUCAGAAGCUUGAAGCGGCGCGGCCUAGAACCUUUUGAAUAGUGAAGACACAGAUGAAGAAGGUGGCGACAAUGAAGUUUCGACGGAUACAUCAAGUUUGGGAAGUAUUGAUCUGCAAGAAAACGUGGAUAUUUUACAGGAAGAAAGCUUCAGUACAGAGGUUCUCUACUUAGAAGGAUUCUCUCAAGAGGAAGAAGGGGAGAUGAGAAGGAUAGAAAGCACGUAUUCAGAUGCGGAGCUUAUUACACCCCCUUCCAUGAGGGAGCAAUUACAACCUCUCAGGACACAAACAGAGUUAGUAUAAAGGCACAGGAAUCUCCGAUGGACUGUGAAGAUAGGCCAAAAAGGGAGGAACAGGAACAGGCUUCUCUGCGGGUACGAUUUGAUAAAGGUGAAAAUUUAACUUUAACCACUUCACUACAAACGCCAACUAAGGGGACAGACUUGGCACUACCUGUAAUUUCUCAGAUGCAGGCCUCUUUUCUCCCUAUUCUCCUACUCUGCGAUCAGGUAUGGGUGUCCAUUCGGUUUUUGUUACUGAUGUGUGUGUUCAGCCUGUUGCAGAUACUCUAAUGUCCCAUCCUAAAGGAGCAGAUGUGGUGGCUAAAGGAAGGAUUGAAGGUGUUGGUGGCAAUCUUGAAUAUAAGAAGAAUGAAGAAUUAAAUUGUCAUAAAGGUGUGGGGGAGGAGGUGGAAAGAAUAUGGAAGCUAAUCUGUACAAAAUUUGAGGAAAUAAGACUGAAGGAAGAUUACUUGGAAAGGAAUUCUCAGAAGAAAGGUUUGCUUAGUGAGGAAGGAGAGGGGGAAGAAAUAGAAGGCGAUAAGAUGGCAGGAUCAAAUUCUGAAACAGGAAGAGAUCAUUACAAGGUUGACCUUGGGGUGGGAAAGGAAGUAAUUAAAACAUACCAUAGAAAACCCGAGGAAAAAAAAGAGGAGAAAAGGGAGCAUAGAAAGAAGAAAAGGACUGAGGUGCAACAACUAUAUCUGACAUCGAGGCUGAUAUUGAGUUUAGCGGAAGGGGAGAGAGGAGGAAGAACUCUAGGUAAGGAGUUGACUUCAGGAGGGACCUUAUUGAAAGAGUGCCCACGAGGAUUAUCAGUUGGAAUGUGAGAGGAUUGGGAAGUGCUAGGAAAAGGAGAGUAUUAAAGGAUUUACUCACAAGGGAGAAGCCUGACAUUGUGAUGGUGCAAGAAACAAAGCUCUUUGAACUGGAUGGAAGAUGGAUAAGAGGUUUUUGGAGGAUUAGAGGUGUUAGUUGGUCCUUGGCUCCAUCCUGGGGUGUCUCGAGAGGAAUUGUCAUCGUGUGGAAGAAUGGGGUAGUGGAAGCAGUGGAGGAGCUAGUGGGUAGAUACUCGGUAUCCAUUAAAUUCAAGGAUGUAGUGGAUGGAUUUUGUUGGGUGCUGACCAAUGUGUACAAACCUAAUUUCUACAGAGAAAGAAAUGAAUUGUGGGAGGACUUGUAUGCAAUUCGAGGUUUAUGGGAUGGACCUUGGUGUCUGGGAGGGCAUUUCAAUGUCACAAGGUACUCAGAGGAAUCUAGCAAUCAUGUCUAGUCAGUCACAACAAGUAUGCGGAAAUUUAAUGGGUUUAUAGAAGAUUGCGAGCUAAAAGAAAUUCCAAUGUUGCAAGCUAGAUUCACCUGGUCUAACUUUCAAGCUAAUUUGCUGUGUUCAAAGCUGGAUAGGUUUUUAUUCAAUUUAGAAUGGGAAAACAGCUGGGGGAACUUGGUCUCUAGAGCUCUGCCUAGGGUUACAUUAGACCAUUGUCUCAUCAGGAUUGGUGUGGAACCCCUAGUUAGUGGACCUAAACCAUUCAGGUUUGAGAAUAUGUGGUUAACUCAUCCUGGGUUUGAAAGCUUAGUGAAGGAUUGCUGGAACGAGGAGUUAAGGGGAAUAAAGUGGAAAUGAAUUAAGUUUCAUCAGAAGUUGAAGAGACUGAGAGUCAAAUUGAAGGAGUGGAAUAAAGAUCAUUUCGGCAGGGUGGAGGAACAAAAGUUGAGCUUGGUCACACGAAUUGAAAAAUUGGAUGGAAAUGAAGCUUAAGGGUUAUUGAGGGAACAAGAUAGAGAAUCAAGAAGGCAAUUGAAGAAGGACUUAGAAGAGGUUUUACUCAAAGAAGAGAUUUGCUGGAGGCAGAAGUCGAGGCACAAGUGGAUUAAGGAGGGGGAUGGGAAUACUAGGUUCUUUCAUGAGUUGGCAAAUGGUAGAAGGAGGAAGAACUUAGUAGCUAGAUUAGAAAUAGAAGGGCAUGUGGUCACCAACCAAGAGGAUAUAGCCAGGACCUUUGUAGAUCAUUUUAAAUCCAUCUAUAGUAGGUCUUUGAAUGAAAGGGUACCUGUGGAUGGUUUGGAAUGGCCAAGAUUAGAGGAAGAAAAAGCAAGGUGGCUAGAGAGGAACAUUGAGGAAGAGGAGAUCAGGAGGGUAGUGUUUAUGAUGGAUAGAUCUAAGGCGCCAAGUCCUGACGGAUUUACUAUGUCUUUCUAUCAAGAUUGUUGGGAUACCUUGAAAGAAGAUCUUCGUGUUGUUGUCUAGGAAUUUUUAGAGAAUCAUAUAGUAAGUCCGGGAGUCCAUGCCACUUUCUUGGCCUUAAUUCCUAAGAAAUCGGAUGCUAUUCAACCUAAGGAAUUCAGGCCAAUUAGUCUGGUAACAAGCAUUUACAAAAUCCUGGCUAAGGUGUUGUCUUUGAGGCUUAAAGCAAUUCUCCCAUCCUUAAUAAGCCAAGAACAAGGAGCCUUUGUACAAGGGAGACAGAUGGUAGAUCAGAUCCUAAUUGCUAAUGAGUGCGUGGAGGAUAUGAGAAGAUCUAAAAGAAAAGGCUUUGUUUGUAAGUUGGAUUUAGAAAAGGCCUAUGAUUUGGUGGAAUGGCAUUUUUUGAUAGAAGUAUUGAGAAAUUGUGGAUUUGGGAAUAAGUGGUGUAGUUGGAUUUAUGGAUGUUCCUGCCAUUACUCUGUCUUGGUCAAUGGAAUGGUGAAGGAUUUCUUCCCAGCUUGUAGAGGUAUCAUGCAAGGAGACCCUCUCUCACCCUUCCUCUUCACUCUAAUAGCAGAGGUGCUUAGUAGAAUGAUCUCAAAGGCUGAUAGAGAAGAUGUGAUUAAAGGGUGGAGAAUAGGGAGGGAUGGUAUUCCGGCCACCCAUCUCCAAUUUGCAGAUGAUAUUCUGAUCUUCUGUGACGGGGAUGAGAUUGAGAGAGUGAGGAACCUCAAGGAAUUGGUUAGAAGCUUUGAAAGGUUGUCAAAUUUGAGUGUCAACUUCGAAAAGAGUUGUGUAGCUGGUGUUAAUUUGGAGGAUAGGGAGGUGGAGUUUAUAGCAAGAAGUUUAGGUUGUUCUAUCUCAUCCUGGCCUAUGACCUACUUGGGGCUUUCGUUAGGGGCAAACCCUAGGGAGAGUAGCUUUUGGUGUCCAGUGGUAGAGAGGUUCCAAAAGAAGUUAACUUCGUGGAGGAAAAACUAUUUAUCCUUGGGGGGUAGAAUCACGUUGAUAAGAGCCACACUUGCUAACUUACCAAUCUAUUGCCUGUCUGUGUUUAGGAUACCACCUAGAGAAGCUAAUAAGCUAGAGUAACUGAUGAGAUAUUUUCUAUGGGAGAUGGGGGAGAGUAAAAGGAUCACUUGAUAAAAUGGGAGGUGGUUUGCCGGAAUGCAGAGGAAGGGGGCUUGGGGAUAGGGAAUGUGAUUCAAAAAAAAUAAAGCAUUGCUAGGGAAGUGGCUAUGGAGGUGGCCAGUGGAGAGAGAGAGACUUUGGCAUGAGGUGGUGGGUAGUAUUCAUGGUCACUCAGAAAACGGAUGGGAUGCUAGAGUAUCAUGGCAGGCAACCUUGGCAACACCUUGGAAAGCUAUUCAUGGCAUUCUUCCUCAAUUCCUCAGUUUUAUCAGAGUUAUGGGAGUGGCUCUUCUCAUUGUUUGGGUGCAGGUUGGUUAGGCCAGCAGAUGCAAGCUUGUUCUUUGAUCCUGCUUUCUUCCCUUGGCGGCACAGAAGAGGAAGGAUUAUGUGGAGGUGUGCAAGAGCAGUGCUGAUGUGGUCUGUGUGGGAAGAAAGGAAUGUCAGAAUUUUCCAAGAGAAGGAGAGAAGCCCAGAAGAGAUGAAGGACUGCAUUCUAAAUAGGGUGAUCUCAUGGCUAAAAUCACUGGAUUUAUUUCAUCAAUUCACAUUCAAUGAUGUGUGGAGGAAUUGGUUAGCAGUGGCUAAUUGCUCAUCCAAAAAAAAUAAAAGUGAGCAUAGCUUGGGAACCCCCUCCUGAAAGAUUCUUGAAGCUGAAUUUUGAUGGGAGCACCCUUGGUAAUCCUGGUCCGUCAGGGGUGGGAGGGGUACUGAGGAAUGAGAGUGGGAAUGUGGUCCUUAUUUUCUCAGGACCCAUAGGAGUUGGAAACUCUACUAGGGCGGAACUUGCUGCUGCUAUCCAGGGAGUACAAUUAGCAGUGCAGAUAGGUGUGGAACAGAUGAUAAUUGAAGGGGACUCCAAGGUAGUAGUGGGCUGGCUACAAAAUCUGGAAUCUGUUGUGUGGUGUUUUAAGAAUGAAUUAAAAAGUUCAACUGCCUAAUAAGAAGCUUGACUGUAAGAAUACAAUGGGUGGAGAGGUCAGCAAACUCUAUGGCUGAUGAUCUUGCAAAGCAAGGGGUAAACAGGGAAAGUUUGUAUUGGGCUCAAUUGUAGACUGAAUCUGUCUUCUAUCCUUUGUUUUUUUCCUACUGACAGGAGAGGACACAGCUCGUGCCUCUCCACAGGAAACUUGUAACUGCAAUAGUUUAUAUUAAUGAAAUUGAUCAUUUUUAAUUAUAAAAAAAGGAUUUCUUAGCAAAUUUUAAGCUUUGUAACAGCGCAAUCAGUUCAGCCUUUUAAAGAGUCCCCUUCUCCUAUGGGUCCUGAGUACAUAGCCAGCACUUUACUUGAUGAAUCUCUAAACACACCACCAAUACCUGCUAUCCCCGGGUUUUCAAUUGAACUCCCAUAAAAAAUUAACUUUUUCUUAUCUCUUUCUGGUGGCUUCCAUUCCAUCAUAUCUCUUUCCUUUUGUUUUGAAGAGUGUGCCACCACAUUCCAAGCCCUUAUUAUAUCAUUCGCUGUAAAACAUUGGAAGAUGUCCAGGGUUUUUGGUCCAAUGAACUGCUUUAAUUUUUAUUAAUCCCACCAAUUCCUCCUUUAACCUGAGCUUCUCAUUAAAUAUUCUUGCACUCCUCUCCUCCUAGAUGGACAACACCACAGCAACUCUAACUGCCUUCCACAUUGUUCUUCCUCUUUCUGUUGGCUGACUUAGGAAAUAUAGGCUGAAGACUCACUACAUACUGAGCAGCUAUCCAUUUGCAACCAAAAAGAGAACAAAAAGACUCCGAAA